GCGUUCUGUGGUGGGCAAGCAACGCGAUGGCGGGUGUUUCCACGCGACUUCUGUAGUAAAGGAGCGAAAGCGCGCGCGUGUUAUUAAUAUCAUUACCGGGGUGAAAAGCUCGGUGCGGUGCUGUCGGUCGGUCGUGAGGCGCGCGCGGUGCGGUGCUGUCGGUCGUGAGGCGCGCGCGCUGAGCUGAAGGUGUGUGUGAGGUGAAUAACGUUCUGAAGCGCGAGACUGAGCGGCGGGUAAAAGCCGCACUGAGGCUGCGCGAGGGCGCGCGCCCGGGGGUCACAGUGAGCCUGAAGGGUCAGUAAAGUGCACCUGAAUUAUUCCUCCUUGCACUGAACUGAAUGAAACGGAACCCUGAUGGCAGAAUUCUGCUUCCGGUGCGUGUUCCUGCUGCUGGUCCUGAUUUCCGGUUGCUCUGAUUGCUGCCAGGCUGCUAAACUCAACAUCCCCAAAGUCCUGCUCCCUCUGGCCAGGAGCACCAGGAUCAACUUCACCCUGGAGGCCACUGAAGGCUGCUACAGAUGGUCGUCGAACAGACCCGAGGUGGCGAGUGUUGAAUCUGUAGACGUGGACGAGCGUCAGUGUUCUCAGAGAGCCGUGCUCCAGGCUCGCUCCACUCAGCCCUCACGCCUCACCAGUAUCAUCCUGGCGGAGGACGUCGUGACGGGGCAGGUGUUACGCUGCGACGCCAUCGUGGAUGUCAUCAGUGAGAUCCAGAUCGUCUCCACCACGCGAGAGCUGCACCUGGAGGACUCGCCCCUGAAGCUCAUGAUUCACGCCCUGGACUCAGAGGGAAACACAUUUAGUACACUGGCUGGUCUGGUGUUUGACUGGAGCCUCGUGAAGGGCAUGGAGACGGCCACGUUCCCCGAUUCCUACAGCUCGUUACGGGUCUUGAAGUUCUCCGAGUCGACCUACACGCCGCCGACGUACAUCUCCGAGAUGGAGAGAGUGGGGAAGCAGGGAGAUAUCAUCCUGGUGUCUGGGAUUAAAACUGGCCACGCAAAACUCAAAGCUAAAAUCCAGGAGCCUCUGUACACGCAUGUCGAAGCUGCUGAGGUGCAACUGCUGAUUCUGGAGAACAUCCUCCUGAGUCCUGCCUACGACGUCUACCUGCUUAUCGGAACCUCCAUCAAGUACAAGGUGCAGAAAAUCCGUCAGGGAAAGAUCACAGAGCUCUCCAUGCCGUGUGAUCAGUACGAGCUGCAGCUGAAGAACAGCGUCAUCGCUCCUGGAGGAGAUUUGUAUUCUGCGGUGGCUGAACUCGACCCCAGCACCUCCACAGUCCUGGGCCUUCAGCACGGGCACACCAACAUCGUCCUGGAUCACAAGACUCUGGGGAUGAAGGGAGCGUCUCGGCUUCCAAACAGCACGCUGUACGUCGUGGAACCCGCGUACCUCGUGUUCAAGAUAAACCCCGGAGAACGCUGGGUUCUGGAGACUGGAAGAACCUACGAGAUCUUCAUUGAAGUGUUUGACAAGUCCAGUAAUAAGAUUCAUCUAUCGGAUAAUGUCCGGAUAGAACCCACCUUCCCUAAAGAGUUCUUCGAGGUUCUGGAGUCGUCCCUGAACGGGUCGCACCACCGUGUGAAAGCGGUGAAGAACGGACAGACGGUCAUCGAGGGGACGCUGAGGGCUGUGGUUGAUCAGAGAGGAACUGAACACGAGCUUUCUGUUCCAGUGAGGAAUGAACAGGAUGUCGAAAUCUACAAACCAAUCAUCCUCAACCCCUCCAUCCUCACGUUUCCAUGGCAACCAAAAGAAGGAGCGUAUCAGUACACCAUCAAGGCAAGUGGAGGAAGUGGAAACUUCAGCUGGUCUUCCUCAAACACAGCCGUCGCUACGGUUACAGUGAAGGGCGUGAUGACGACGGUGCGCGACGUCGGAGUGAGUACGGUGUACGCUCACGACCUGCGGAACCCGCUGCAUUACGGAGAGAUGAAGGUGUACGUGAUCGAGCCUGUGCGGAUGGAGUUUGCUCCGUGUGUGGUGGAGGCUCGGGUGAAUCUCACUCUGGAGCUUCCGCUGCGUAUCUUCGGCCAGCUGAACUCCGAGGAUGGAGAGAAGGUCACACUGAGCGACUGCUCACACUUUGAUUUGCAGGUCCAGAUGGAAAAUCCGGGCGUGUUUCAGCUGCAGCAGGGGCGUUUACCCCCCGGUCAGCAGCACUGUAGCGGUGUGCGUGUUCAGGCCAUAUCUCCAGGUUACACAAACCUGCUGGUCAGUUACACACACGGAAACGUUCACCUGAGCGCCAAGAUCACCAUCGCGGCGUACCUGCCUCUCCGAGCUGUGGAUCCGGUCUCCGUUGCGCUCGUUACUCUCGGCUCCUCUAAAGACAUGCUGUUUGAAGGCGGACCGAAGCCGUGGAUCCUUGAACCUUCCAAGUUCUUCAGAAACCUGACGGCUGAGGAUUUGAACAGUGUGACGCUAACGCUAACAGGCCCGGCAUCACGUAACUACUUCACUCACCACGUCAGAGCGUCGUGCCGCGCCCUUGGGGAACAGGUGUUGGCAGUGAUGGUUGGGAAUCGGCCGACACUCACUAAUCCCUUCCCGGCCGUGGAGCCGGCGGUGGUGAAGUUUGUGUGCGCUCCUCCAUCACGCCUGGCGCUCGUCCCCGUCUACACCAACGCUCAGCUCGACCUGUCCUGCCCCCUGCUGCAGCACAACAAACAAGUGGUUCCUGUGUCUAAUUACCGGAACCCAGAGUUGGACUUGGCUGCGUUUGACCAGCAUGGCAGGAAGUUUGAUAACUUCAGCUCUCUGAGUGUGACGUGGGAGACGUCCAGAGCAGCGCUGGCCAGCAUCGAGUCCAACAAGCCCAUGGGGCUCUACAUCACUGAGGAGACCAACACCAAGCAGAGGAAACUCCACGGACGUCAGACGGUGUUUGUUCAUCACGAGUCGGGCAUGGCAGCCAUCACCGUGAGUGCACUGGGCUACCAGACAACUCACCUGGAGAAAGCGGCUGUUCUGCCUGGGUUUGAGCCUCUGACGGUGGUCUCUGCUACUCUGGAUCUCCUGCUGGUUGAGGAUGUGACUGUGACCCCUCAGUCUGUCUCCAUUUAUAAUCACCCUGAUGUGCGGGCUGAGCUCACGCUGCGUGAAGGCUCGGGUUAUUUCUUUGUGAACACGAGCGUUCGGGGAAUCGCUGACGUGGCGUUCCAGGAGUCUCGGGGAACUGCUGAGGUGGUUCCAGUGCGCCCCGGUGUCCUCGAGGUGAUGGUUCACGACCUCUGCUUGACCUUUCCUGCUCCUGCCACAGCCACAGUGCAUGUGUCGGAUAUCCUGGAGGUUUACGUGCGUGUGGUGGAUAAGGUGGAGAUUGGGAAGUCUGUGAGAGCUUACGUUCGUGUUUUGGACGACAACAAAAAGCCAUUUCUUGCCAAAUAUUUCUCUCAUAUGAACCUGAAACUGAAAGCUGCAUCAUCCAUUGUGUCUCUGCAACCUUUAUCGGAGUACUCUGAGAAGGACACGGCUACGUUCCUGGUCAAAGGCAUGGUGAUCGGGCAGACGAGUGUGUCUGCUGUCGUGACCGAUAAAAACGGAAGAAUAAUCACAUCUGCACCACAACAAAUCGAAGUUUUCCCGCCUUUCAGGCUGCUCCCGAGAAAAGUCACUCUGAUCAUCGGGGCAGUGAUGCAGAUCACGUCAGAAGGAGGUCCACAGCCUCAGUCUCACAUCCUGUUCUCUUUAAGCGACUCCAACAUCGCCUCCAUUAACAGCAUUGGUCUGGUUCGGGGCGUCGCCGUUGGCAACAUGACCGUCACAGGAGUCGUACAAGCCGUCGAUACGGAAAGCGGCAAACUGUUGGUGGUCUCGCAGGAUCAAGUGGAGGUGGAGGUGGUGCAGCUCAAAGGCGUCCGAAUCCGAGCGCCCAUCACUCGGAUGAAGACCGGCACCAUGAUGCCUGUGUAUGUGAUGGGAUUAACAAGUAGCGAGACUCCGUUCUCCUUCGGUAACGCUCUUCCAGGACUCGCGUUCCACUGGAGCGUAACCAAGAGAGACAUCCUGGACGUCCAGACGCGCCAUUCAGAGGCCUCCAUGAAACUUUCUUCCGAGCACAACUUUGCCAUGAGUGUGUCGGGCCGCAGUAAAGGCCGCACCGGGCUGAAGGUGGUGGUCCGGGCGACGGUUCCAGAAGCUGGGCACCUGUCGGGCAACGAGCUGGAGCUGAGUGACGAGAUUCAGAUCCAGGUUUAUGAGAAACUGCAGUUACUGAAUCCAGAAGUGCAGGCUGAGGAGAUUUUAAUGUCUCCGAGCUCCUUAUUACAACUUCAGACCAACCGGGAUGGAGUGGGUUCUCUGUCGUAUCGGGUUCUGGACUGUCCUGAUAAAGUUCCUCUCGUCCAUGUGGAUGAUAAUGGCCAUCUCACAUCAGGCUCUCUGACGGGCACAGCGUCGUUACAGAUCACCGCUCAGGAGAGUUUUGGGGUCAACCAGACCAUCAUCCUCGCUGUGAAGGUGGUGACCGUGUCGUACCUGAGGCUGAGCACCAGUCCGGUUUUCUACACCUCGAACAGAGAGGUUCUGUCGGCCGUCCCGCUCGGCUCCGUCCUCACCUUCACCGUCCACUUCCACGACAGCAGCGGUGAAGCUCUGCACAGCCACAACUCCCAGCUCGUCUUCUCCACCAACAGGGACGACCUGGUGCAGGUGGGUAAAGGUGUGAGUAAUGGCUCUCUCACAGUGCGGACAGUAAACGUGGGCUUGACGCUGUUGAGCGUUUGGGAUUUGGAGCAAAGCGGCCUGGUGGAUUACAUCGCUCUGCCCGUCCAUCACGCCAUACAGCCGGCUGACCCCCACAGCCUGGUGCCUGCUGAUGUUGUGUGUUUCUCAGCACAGCUGGUCAGCCAUGAUGGGCUCUCAGGAACAUGGAGCUCUUCGUCCAGUGCCAUCCUGGAGAUCCAUCCCAAAACGGGCGUGGCUGUAGUUCGAGACGUGGGCACUGUGACAGUUUAUUACGAGAUUCCGGGGCAACUGCGCACUUACAGAGAGGUUGUUGUGAACAGCGUCUCCAAGACAGUCGCCACGGUUCCCUCAGGUUCUGUGAGAAGCGAGAGAGAGAGCAAAGUGCUCCUGACCACCAGAGAGCGAGGAACCAACCUGAUCGGAAGCUGCUCGGUCGCUCAGUUGGAAAGCGUCGCCUCUCUGCAGCCGGAGAAAUCCAUCAGCUGCCGUCUGCAGUUCACCAGCGACGCCGUCGACUUCUCUGCUCACGACGUCUAUCUCACACACACCACCUUCGACACGAGCACAGGUGUGUACAGCUGUGUGCUGACCCUCGGGCCGAUGACGGAGCAGCAGGUGAAGGUUCUGGGCGUGUCCAUGAGCAAUGUGAGGGUGGAGGCAGGUGUGGAGGGAAGCCGUUUUUCAGGAGAGCGAGUCAGCGCUGAGCUGCAGGUGAAUCCUGGAUUCUACUCCGAUCAAACACACAUCAUCCUGAGCAGCCAGCACAGCACCGCCGAGUUCAGUGUGUACGGAGCCACGGGGCUGCUGAAGCACCUGCAGGUGAAGUCGAGCUCUCCCUCCAUCCUGGUCCAGGAGAAGGAGGUUUCCUCCACCUACCCGAGCUUCAUCAGAUACACCGUGACCCUGCUGAACCUGCGGGACGUCACGUCUGCCUCUCUGACCGUGUCGAGUCCCACGAGCGAACAGCAGCUGCUCAUCCCCAUCACCGUCGUACACACUGCAGACACCAGCUCCACCUCCAGAGCGGGCGUGGUCGGAGGAGAGGGAGUCGGGAUCCUGCAGCAGUUUGUGGACUCGUAUCAGGUCAUGUUCUUCACCCUGUUUGCUCUCCUGGCUGGCACGGCUGUCAUCGUUAUCGUGUGUCACGCCAUUUUCUCUCCAAGAAACCCACCAGUUAAUCCUUCCUUCAUCCAGAGAUCUCCGCCCUCUUCAGUGUCUCCGGGGGCGAGUCAUUUUAACCACACCCUCCACCCGUCUGAUCUGAGGGGCAGCCCGCGGCAGCGUCUCUUCUCUCCGGGAUACAGAUCUCCCUGAAGUCCAGCUGUAACCACGCCAACCUCAGUCUGUCCCAGCAAGUGCCUUUAAUACAAAGAGAAACGUACGUACGCACGCGCGCGUGUGCGCUUGUGUGUGUGCGCGCGUGUGUGUGUUGCUUACUGACAGUUAUUGUUUUGCUGAUCGUGUUUGUAUUUUGUAGAACUGAUUAUUUAAUAUAGCUUUUUUUUUUUUUUUUUGUCUGCAUCUUUUAUAACUCUGGGCAUUUUAUUCCUGAUGAAUUUGUGAAUGCGUGAAAACUCAGGACGUCACAUCCGACACGCUAAUCCCGUCAUGUAGCACAUCAUUAUUAUUAUGAUAGUAUUGUGAAUAUAUGGGAUACCGUGUCAUCACUGAACCCGUCCUCGCUAUGCAUCGCUCUGAACAGUGUGUUAAUGCAGAAAAAUCCUCCUCGGCGUGAUUGAUUGAUUGAUUGAUUGUUUUUUGUGACGUGAAAACAUUUCUACUGUUUGUGACGGAGUGUUAAAGCGUCUCCUCUGAGCCACUAGGCAGCUUCUCCUUUACUCAUGUGAAACAACUGACAUUUCUUAAACAACUUCACACCCAGGGUACGAAAGUGUGAGUCAGCGAGCAAGAACUGUUCUUAUUCCGACAGCCAUCAGAAACAGUAUUAUUAAUAAUAAAAUAAUAAUAAUAAGCUGUAGUGGUGAUGUGCGGGGGCCAAGCACCAUUUUCAGCUGGAGCCCAUACUGCCUCGUUCUUGUCAGGUUGCAUUGAGCACUAAAGCAGUCAGAGAUGUAGUUUUGUUCUGGUGAUUAUCUCAAUGCUAACACUGGUGUGUGUUCUGUAAGCUGAUUGGCUGAUGGUGGUCUUAUUAUUUUUUUUAUUUAGGGUUUUUUUUUUUUUUUUUGAGUCGCCAGUAGAAAUUCCACUCCAUAACAAUAUAGUGCACUAAACUUCAACCUGAUCCGGCUUACCAUGCCGGAGAAACAGUUUAUAUUUGAGCAUAUCCCCACCCCCUAUCGAAGACCACACCCCAAACUUCACAGAUGACCUCAUCAUUUAGUCCUUUGCGUUUCAUUUGACUCUUGUAUAAAAUGCUGUGUGUUUGUAGUUGAUCGAGUAAAUGAAGCUCCACCGUUCUGUUUUAGACGUGGUGUGGCGGCCGUGUUGUUUAUAAACAUUUUGAGCAAGACGACGCCAAUUUUUGUAACAACGUCACAAAAAUCCAGGCGCUAGCUUACAAAAAUAAUUUUUGCAUAUUUAUUUAAAUUAGUUAAAAUGUCUGAAGCAGCUACAGUUCACUCGACAUGAUGAGUUUUCGUGAAGAAGAAGGAAAAAAAAUCCCAAUGAAAACAGUCAUGUUCUUGUCACUUCCUGUUUGGCCCCAAUGAGAUUUCUCAACUAAUUACGUUUCUUUAUUAAUGCACUUAAGUUUACAGAAUUAUAAAGAAAUUCUGUCCGUUAUUUAUUAUAGUAAUUAUAAGGUCUUCGAGAUCAGAUACAGUAUUGUUUCGAAAUCUUUUUUUUUUUAAUAAUAUAUUUAAAUAUUUAAUGAUCUGCAUUCUAACGGUGACGUGUGAAGUAUCGCUGUAUGUUUGAACACGUAAACCAGUUUAAAUGAUCAUUCAUUUCCCAAAGUUUCUGGGUGCAGAAGGAAAACUGUACGACUGUGUUAGAAGAAAUUUAUACUAACAAAAGAAAUGUAAAAUGAAGUGUGCGGAUAAAUAACGCAGUGAGACAGUUAUAGUCAUUUCUCUAACAUUUCAUUUUUGACCUGAGGGUGCACAAACCUUUUCCUCAUCCGUUUGUCACUUUGGUAUGUAAAAUGAAAAUUAUUAAAACGUAGAAUUUCUGUUUUAGUUUAAAUUUUUGGGGAAAUAAUAAACAGUUUCUUGGUCGUGGACUCAGACUUUUUAACCCGAGAUUCCUCACGUAUUCACACGUGUUCUGUGCACGUGACGUUUGUGAAUGUUGUGAAUUAUUUUGAUCAGAAUUGUGAAAAUUACAUUUUUAUUUUAUUUUUUUUAACCUGUAUACCUCAGGGGUCGGUACCAGGAUGGUUUUUUUUGUUUGUUUGUUUUUGUUUUCUUCUUUCUCCAGCCUGUGAGACUGCAUUGGAGCAUAAACAAAACUAAAAUAAAAUAUAUAUAUUUUUUUUAAUUUCCUCCAGUGAAUCGUGUGUGAAACUUGGACAAUGUGAGGUGUCUUUUUUGUUGUUGUUUGUGUGAAGUUUAGCCCCCUCCCCCCCAGCUUGGAGUUUGUGUAUCAGAUAAAACCUCCUGAUUAUAUUUAAAGGCGUGAAUUACAGAAAAGCUGAAGAACUUUUAAAUGGUUGUUUUGUUGAUUUAAAUACUUUUCUAAAAACGUGUUUAUUUUUUUACCUGCGCUCUGCUCCUGUGAUCUGCUUUCCCAGAGUGCGUAAUAUGUAUUUAAGUGAAUAUUUGACGGCUUGUGUUCUCUGUUUUGCACUAGGGGGCGCUGUAAUAGUAUAGCAGCUGUUUCUGUUGAUCUCAUUGUACGUCAAAUGAAUAAAAUGUCGCUGAGAGCCGUUUACACGCAGCACGUCGAACCGAAUUCACUGUGUUUAUGAUCAGCGUGUUUUAUAACGGAGACGCUGCUGAUUUACGGCUCGUUAACCAAAAGCUCUCGUUCGGAAUCGAGUGUUUGAUUUCUGUUGGCGGAAAUAUUUCAGUUUUAUCGCCUUCCUUUAAAUUAAUGGACUCACUUUCAGGACAGAGUGAGUGUUUAAAGCAGAAUAUAAAUAUCUGAAAUGUUUAGAGGAUAUUUAAAAGAAAUAAAAUCCAGAGCAUAAGGAACACAGCGUAACAAAAGUUCUGGAAGUUUCUCAAGUGCUCAUGUUGCAGUAAAUAUUAAAAAAAAAAAAAGUAUGGAUGGAUUGUGUUUAUAAUUUCAAUUAUUUCUGUGAAUAUUUUUUAUAUUUUUUUAAUUUGCUGGUGUAACUCAAACUGUCCUGGUCUUAUUCUUGUAAC